AUGGUCUCUAAUUCCAUCAACACGAAGCGCUUUUUGCGAUCCCAGGACGGAGCCCUAAAAUCGAAAAGCGAGUUGUCCAUUUACUUUCCCAGGUAUGAGCAGAUAUUGAGCUUGACGCCUGCUAAGGUUGAAUACCUUUCUACCGAAUCCAAAGUCAAACUCAUUGACGACGUAACUCCAUCCGAAAUUGUGACACACCUUUCCUCCAAACUAGGAUCAUUGCACGAACAGGAAAGACUACUGUACAGAAACCCUAUUCUCCCUGGAAGAAGGAACACGCCGUUUAUCGACUUGCGCCAAGCCAAGCUCAUCGAGGAUCCCACGUUAUCCCCCACUGCGAGUACCCAAGCAAGGGACCCUCUACUUAAUGGAACAUAUUUCAAAGCUCACAGAAGGAUCGAACGAAAAGAGACGCAACUCCGUAACAUUGAAAAGGAGAGAGCUCAACAUGAAAAGAUACAAGUAGACCGUCUACUAAGCGCGUUACGUGGGGCAGACUGGCUUCGAGUAAUGGGUGUUAGUGGUAUUGCUGAGUCGGAGAAACACCUUUACGAGCCGAAACGAACCUACUUUAUUAUGGAGUUGGCGGCAUUGCUGGACAAAUUUAAAAUUUGGAAACAGAAGGAAAAGAGACGGAAGCUAAAACAGCAGCUUCUUUCGACAAAGGAAAACGAUGAUGGGCAUCCCGCAGACAACGUUCAAACAGCUAAUCCAGAUCAAUAUUGUCAUAAAGUGAACGAAUCCUCGAGAAAUGAGGGAAACGACCCGUCAGGGACCGAAGAUAUCGACGCCUGGGCUGCGCAUCAGCUUCAUCAGGAAGCAAUGUCAGCGUUACCCAUCGAUCACGUGAAGCCUGAUUUCAAGCUGAGCCGGCCAGACAAUGAGAUUUCGUUGGCGAGAUCUCAAAAUGCAACGAGUCUCACCUCAACCCUGUUACUAAACGGGAAGCCGAUUACGUUCGUUAACGACCACCAUCCUGUAAGGUUUGUCUCUCCUAGUCGCCCGAGGCCCGCGUCGAGUAAUGCAUUCGGUCAGCCCAUACCGGGGAUAUCGCGGAAAGUAUUUCAUCUGCCAAGAUGUAUUUUGACGGAAGAAGCUAUCAGGGAUUGCCUAAGGAGAAAGAGGAGGAGACGAAGGCGGGAGAGGCUGAGAGCGACUUAA